UCGGGGGGCAGGGACGCUGGGCCAGGAGCCCAGGCACCAAGCUGUGCCCUUGGCAGUCCUGCCCCCACCCACCACGUGGCUCACAGCGCAGAUAAGGAGGAUAUCAGCGGGGAAGGUGCCCGCUGCUCAGUCCCGGCGCUCGAGCCAGAGGCAGCAUCACCCCUGGGCACCCGGAUCAGGCCCGGCAUGGCGCUCUUUGGGCAGCUCCUGGAGCCCCACGGCUACCUGCAGUCUCUGCGCUCGCUGGUGCUGGGCGUGGUGGCGCAGCUGCAGGGCACGGCCACGCCCGAGGAGCUGGAGUUCGUGCGGCGGGAGCUGGAGCUGCUGGACCGGGAGCUGGCGGGGGGCCCGGGGCUGCUGGAUGACGCGGAGGUGGGGCGCUACGAGGACUGCGUGGCUGCCGUGUACGGGCAGCUGGGGGCGGCCGUGCGGGCGGGCAGUGCCCACGCCCCGCGCGAGAAGGAGCUUUUCCUGCAGAGCUGCGCCCAGUACGAGCUGGAGCGGCAGCUGCUGGGGCUGUGCCGGCGGGCGCAGGGCGUCUCCGUGCUGACCGGGCGGCCGGCGCUGCUGGAGCAGGCGGUCCAGGCCCACCGGCCCCGCCGCUGGCAGAUGGCUCAGUUCUGCCAGAAACUCAACCUGGUGGUGGGCGCGGGGCUGCUGUGUCUGCUGUGCGAGGCCGGACUGACGGGGCGGGACGGGACCCUGCUGCUGGGCCGCUGGGCCGGCCGCAUGGGGGCGCUGCACCAGCGCAUGAAGGAGGCCGUGGGCCGGUGCGCCGCCUACUUCCAGGGGCAGGCGCAGGAGGACCUGGCCGGCAUCCUGGCCCAGGUCCCGCUGCCUGGCCCCGCCGAGGUGGCCGCCAAGGUCCUCACGAAGCUGGAGAAGAACUACGACUGGCUGCGCUGGGCGGUGAUGGCGUGGGGCGGGGAGCCGCAGCCUGGCCCGGACGGGGAGCCGCAGCCCGGCCCUGACGGGGACCAGGUGCUAGCCCAGGGCAACUACAUCACGGGCCAGGCGGCCUGCGGGCUCAAGGUGGUAGCCUGCUACAGUGAGAGCCCCUCCUCGCUGGACAAGGGCCGCACCCACCAGCUGAUCGGGGAUCUGGAGUGGAAGCUGCCCAACCCGCCGCCCGAGGUCUAUGCCAGCCUGGAGGCCGAGCCAGCCCGGGCCCGUGGCUACCUAGCCCAGCGCAUGCUGCAGAAGCUGGGUGAGGGGCUGGGGCCUGGCGUCACCGUCCACGUGGUGCCUGGCAAGCUGGAGAUGAGGAGCAACUUCCCGCCGGCCGCCUGCCUGCUGCACGAAUACCGACACCGCCUGGCCUCCGGCACCGUCUGCAUCUUCGGCUGAGCCGGGACGCCCAGCGGGGCCGGGGCUGUUCUGGGGGCCCCUCCCGCCCGGCUGGCCUGAGCCAAUAAAGCUUCAUGCU